AAUCUCAUCGUCUAGUGUCCUGCCAACCAACAGUCUUCCGGCGGUCAAAUCUCUGCUUUCUUUCCCACUGCCCUAACUGAGGCUUUUAUCAAGUAGAUGUGCAGAGUGAAGAGAAGAGGAAGAACAAGAGAUCAAUGGUUGUUUCCAGUUCAUCGAGCCAUUCUGUGGGUCCAAUUAGGAGACGGAUUGUUUUUAUAGUAGUAUUCUAAGCCAACUUGACACAAAAGCACAGAAUUCAAAGCUUAAGUAUGUGUACUACUCCUCCUCCAUUCGGCUUCACGCGGAGCAGCAGGCUGCCGGAAAAGAUGGGGAAGAAAUUGAGAUGGUCGGAGUGCCGUAGCUUUGCAAUAGGGUUCAUCUUCGGUUGCUUGCUGGUCUCCAUGACUUACCUUUCCAUGUUCAAGAACGACAUGGACCUUCUCUCCAAUUUCUUGAAAUCGUCGGCAUGGCCGUCGUCGGCUGCAGCUCCGGCGAACCAGAGCCUGGCGCUGUUGCUUCCUAAGUUGAGCGAGAGGACCAGUCUGAUGGCAGCAGAGAGGAAGCGUCAAGCCUUAUGCGACCUUUCUGCGUACAGAACGGACGUCUGCGACAUCCACGGCGAUGUUAGAAUCGUCGGCAAAGGUUCCUCCACUGUGCUGGUCGUUUCUCCCUCCGGCGAGAACCAAUCUUUCGAGAUCAAGCCUUACGCCCGCAAGGCUGACCACGUCGUCGUCCGCCGGGUUCCGACGGUUCACGUUCAUUCUCUGACGCCGCACCGCGACGCGCCCCCGCCCUGCGUGGUCACCCACGAUGUCCCCGGCGUUGUCUUCGCCACCACCGGGUACUGCGGUAACAUCUUCCACGACAUAUCCGACCUGCUCCUCCCCCUCUUCCAAACCACCCGCCGGUUCCGUGGCCGAGUCCAGCUUCUGGCGGUCAAAAACGAGACGUGGUGGCUCUACAAGUACCGACACAUCAUCGCCAAGCUAUCGGACUUCCCCGUCAUCAACUACGACUACGACGACCGCGUGCACUGCUUCCGCCAUGCCAUCGUCGGCCUGCGCGCCGACAACGACCUCACCAUCGACGCGUCCAAGUCGGCCGAGGGGGUGACCAUGGUCGACUUCGUCGCCUUCCUGCGCACCGCGUACUCGCUGCCUCACGCCCGGCCGUCGGGGGGCGGCCCCGGACGCCGGCCGAGGCUGCUGUUCAUCUCGCGGGGUGGGUCGAGGCGGUUCGUGAACCUGGACGAGGUGGUGCCGGUGGCGGAGGAGGUGGGGUUCGAAGUGGUGAUCGCAGAGCCGAGCUUCAUGGACGUGGCGGCGUUCGCGGAGACGGUGAACUCGUGCGACGUGAUGGUGGGGGUGCACGGCGCUGGGCUGACCAACAUGGUGUUCCUCCCCACCGGCGCAGUGCUGAUCCAAGUGUUGCCGCUGGCGAAGCUGGACUGGAUCGCGGCCAACUACUACGCGAAGCCCGCCAUGGGCAUGCAGCUGAAGUACCUGCAGUACGACAUCCUGGAAGAAGAAAGCACCUUGAUCGAUCACUACCCGCGUGAUCACGCAGUGUUCAAGGAUCCAGACGCGAUACACAAGCAGGGAUGGCAAACGAUGGGGCAGAUCUACCUGGUGGAGCAAAACGUGAGGCUCCGUAAGGAUCGAUUCAGAGGAGUGCUGGAACAGGCCAGGGAGCUUCUCGAACAGUAAAACAGAGUACGUAGGUAGGUAGGUAGGUUGGUUAAUUGAAUGCUAGAUUUUUAUUUUUCCAUUUUGCCGGAUGAAUAAUUCUUUGUUGUUUAUAAUAUAUAUAUAUAAUUCUGUAUGUAUGUAUGUAUGUUUUACUGCUGCAUCAUGUACACCUGAAUGGAAGGGGGAAAUCAUUAAAAUGUCCUCGUCAUUUUCAACGUCAAUGAAUCCACAAUCUGCAAAGAUA